GCCUAAAAAUUUCUCUCUGCCGGAAGUGUUGACCCAUUCUCAUGGCUCGUGGUGAUGCAAAAUGCCUUCGUUAUGGAAAUAUGACAAAAUUUACAAGAUAAAAACCGAGCGUGUUAGAUCCCGGAACCGUACCACGAUGUUACAGAUUCUCCCAAAACAUUUCAAGUAUGAGUAGCCCAGUCAGUGCUUCGUACUCCAGUCUUUUCGACGUGCGUCGCGUGGACGAUACGCCGCCAUCACGACCACUGUUCUCCAUGACACACCCCCUCUCCUACACGCGCGAUAUGUGGAAAUGCUACCCCUACAAUGCCUACCAAAGCCUCUACGGCAGCUAUUAUUACGGGAACAGCAGUGCGUGCCUGUCCCCGGAGCAACUGAUGCUUGCAACCCCCAGCCAGCAGACGACCGGUCUCGAUCUUUCCCGAUCUUCUUCCAGUUCACUAUCAGACGACAACCUCUCGCCUGGAAAGCGCUCUUUUUCGGACUUGUCGAUAGAAGAGGAGAAGAAGUCACCCAAGCCAUUCGACUUUCAUCAUAUGGCCGAGUCAGUGAUUCGAGAAGAAGAGGAAUCAGGGUCCAAGUCACCCAUCAACAAAGACCCCCUCAUCAUCAGCCACGCACUGGAGUACAUCACCUACCUAGAACAUGCAGCAAGAAUGCGUUCAUUUAUGCCUAUCAAAUUUCCUAUACAUCUACCAAAAUGUGGAUCCACAUUAGAGCGAAGAGGAAGGAGACACAAAAAGCAAAAGAAGGAGUACAUCUGUAAAUUCUGUGGUCGCCAUUUCUCCAAGUCCUACAACCUCCUGAUCCACGAGAGGACACACACAGACGAGAGACCCUUCCCAUGUGACAUCUGUGGAAAAGCCUUCAGACGCCAGGACCAUCUCAGAGACCAUAGGUAUAUUCACUCAAAGGAAAAGCCCUUCAAAUGCGUGACCUGCGGAAAGGGGUUUUGUCAGGCCCGAACCUUAGCUGUUCAUAAACAGACGCACGAGCAGGUUUCGUAAUGGUUGUGCACGUGAAAAAAUAAAGGGUGUGAAAUCCAUUGGGAAGGUCCAAUGUCAUGUGAUCAGAUAUCCCUCCGCGCGGGAAGAUUCGGACUGUUUUUUUUUUUGGUGCACGAUGGUUGUCUAUAAAGUAUUUCCCCGGAAGUUGAGGAUUCUGUUCCUGUCUGUGAACGCUUUUCCGUUGAGCCGACAGAUUAACAGUGCUGCUAAAAAGUUUUAAUUUGUUUUUACAUCAAAUUGUUGUUAAUGUUGAUGUCUUUGUUAUCUUAUUUACUCUUGUUUUUGAGCAUUGUUGUGUAUGUGUUGUGUCCCCAAAUACCGCAUGUGGUUGCAUGCAUAUUACAUACAAAACAUUCCAAGAAAGAGAGGAAAGAAAGAGAAUGAGUGAGUGACUGAGUAAACAAGAGAUAUUGUAUAUAUAUGAAUGUUCAAUAUGCAAAUAAAUUAUAACCUAUAA